AUGAAACUAGAAUUGGCGAGAUGUAUAAAAUUACACGAAGAUAAGGUGUGGAGUUUAGAUUUCAGUAGAGGGCUAUUAGCGUCAGGUUCUACUGAUCGUCGUACUAAAAUUGUUUCAAUUAAACCCGAAGCUCAAGUUACACUAGUUGACGAAUUAGAUGAUUCGACACAUAGUAAGUCGGUUAGAUCAGUUGCUUGGAGACCAGGCACAUCAAUUUUAGCAACAGGUUCAUUUGAUACCACAGUUUCUAUUUGGACAAGAGAAGAAACUGAAGAAGGAGAAGAGUAUGAUUCUGAAGAAGAUGAAGCAUCAAGGGAAUAUAGUAACAGCAAUCAUGACAAUAAAUACGUAAUGGAAUUAUUGGCUAUUAUUGAAGGCCACGAAAAUGAAGUUAAAAGUGUUGCAUGGUCAUAUGAUGGCUCAUUAUUAGCUACUUGUGCAAGAGAUAAGAGUGUUUGGAUAUGGGAAACUGAUGAAAUUGGUGAAGAAUAUGAAUGUAUCAGCGUGUUACAAGAACAUAGUCAAGAUGUUAAAAAUGUUGUGUGGCAUCCAUCAUUACCAAUACUAGCAUCAAGCUCAUAUGAUGACACAAUCAGAAUAUGGACAGAUUAUGAUGAUGAUUGGGAAUGUUCUGCAGUUUUAAAUGGUCAUAAAGGUACCGUAUGGAGUUCUGAUUUUGAAAAAAGUAAUAACAAUAGCAAUAUUAGAUUAUGUAGCGGGAGUGAUGAUUGUACAGUUCGAGUAUGGAAAAAAUUAAAUAAAGGUGAAGUUGGCACUAGUGUGAAAGGAACAGAUGAUAUAAAUGACGGGAAUGCCAAUGAAGAAGAAGAUGAAGAAGAGGAAAAUGAUAUUUAUGAUAAUGAUGAUAAAUGGAUAUGUGAAGCUAUUUUGCCUCAAGAACAUACAAGAUCUAUCUACAGUGUUUCUUGGGGUCCAAAUGGAAUGAUUGCCAGUGCCGGAUCUGAUGGUAAAUUAGUCAUAUACCAUGAGGUAGAAGAUAAGAAUGAGAAAAAUAAAAUGAGAUGGGAAGUCUUAUGUAUAAAGGAAUUAAUACAUGGAAUCUACGAAUGUAAUAUUGUAAAAUGGAUAGAUGUAGAAGGUGAGCUACUAUUAGCAACUGGUGGAGAUGAUGGAUAUGUUAAUCUAUGGAAACUCAUAUAG